UGUACUGAUGUUGUCAAACAUGUCAGUAAAAUAUAUACUAUAAACAUGCAGUUGUCCCAUAUUAAAUAGCUUUUUUUUUGACUCCACAGUCAGUGCUUAUGGAAGACUGUCGUCAUGGUAAUUGGUUAGUUCAAAACUCCCGUUGCUCAUUGUCUGAUAGGUUGUUCUUUUCAUCACUGAGUUUCUCUCCUGUGUUAUUUGGCUCUGUGUCCCCCGGGGCUGCUGCUUCCAGAUCUUGCAGCUACUAUAAUUACCACGGACUUGUUUGACACUGUUUCAUUCCACGCUGUAUCAUUUCACUAUAUGUAUGUAUAUAAAUACAUAUUACUAACAGGAUCUAUGUGCUUUAGUUGUGUGGAGCCAUGGCGUGGUUUGCACUGCCCGUGCGUAAAGAUUACCACCACAUGAAUGAAAUGCCAGCAUCCGAAACAACAGAGGUAGUUGAACCACACCAGCAGAGAAUUAUCCACCUGAAUAUCCCACAGCAGACCAAGUUUUGUUCUAAUAAAAUCAGUACUGCAAAGUAUAACUUUCUGACAUUUUUACCAAAGUUCCUCUUUGAGCAGUUUCGCAAAUAUGCCAAUAUUUUCUUCUUGUUUAUUGCCCUUAUACAGCAAAUUCCCAAUGUAUCUCCGACUGGUCGCUACACUACAGCCGUUCCACUGCUGCUCAUUCUGAUGGUCUCUGCUGCUAAAGAAAUCAUUGAAGACUUUAAGAGACACAGAGCUGAUGAUGCAGUGAACAACAGAAAAGUUCAAGUUCAUCGUAAUGGAGGCUGGUUGACUGUCAAAUGGACACAGGUCGUUGUUGGUGACAUUGUCAAGGUCGUCAGCAAUGGAUUCUUUCCUGCUGAUCUCAUACUGCUUUCAUCCAGUGAGCCCCAAGCAAUGUGUUAUGUAGAAACCUCAAAUCUGGAUGGAGAAACCAACCUUAAACUCCGACAGGGCAUUCCCAGAACAGCCACACUGCUCACAACAGAUGAUCUUAACAAUUUUCUUGGCACCAUUGAAUGUGAGCUGCCCAACAAACAUCUGUACGACUUUGUCGGAAACUACAGGCCACGGGACAAGAUGGCUGUUCCUUUUGGACCAGAUCAGCUGCUACUAAGAGGAGCCAUUCUUAAAAAUACAAAUUGGAUAUUUGGUGUGGUGGUUUACACCGGACAUCAGACAAAGCUGAUGCUGAACUCCACAACGACGCCACUCAAACGAUCCAACGUGGAUAAAAUGACAAAUACACAGAUUCUCCUCUUGUUUGUCAUUCUCGUGGUGCUGUCACUGAUAAGCACGGUCGCCAACACGAUCUGGGUGAACCGACACAAGCCGAAUGCCUGGUAUCUUUUCUUCACAGAACAGCCACCAUCCAACUUUGGCUACAACCUUCUGACAUUCAUCAUCUUGUACAACAACCUCAUUCCAAUCAGUUUGCAAGUGACCUUAGAGGUUGUCAAGUUCAUUCAGGCCAUUUUCAUCAACUGGGAUAUUGACAUGUACCACAGUGAAACCGACACAUGUGCAAUGGCCAGAACCUCUAACCUUAAUGAAGAAUUGGGCCAAGUGAAAUACAUCUUUUCUGAUAAAACUGGGACCUUAACUAAAAAUGUUAUGGUAUUCAAAAGGUGCACAGUUGGUGGUAUAAGUUAUGGGAACGAUGAUGAAAGUGAAGAUUCAUUUCAUGAUCCAUCUUUUUUGGGUAACCUCAAGUCAAAUCACGUGACAGCAUCAGUGAUUCGAGAGUAUCUCGUGUUAUUGGCAAUCUGCCAUACAGUGGUUCCUGAAAGACAUCCAGAGUUGAAUCUGAUUACAUAUCAAGCAUCAUCACCAGAUGAAGCUGCAUUAGUAGAAGCUGCUAAAAAGAUGGGAUUUGUUUUUACAACGAGAACUCCGGAAACUGUUACUAUUGAGGUGUUUGGAAUACCUGAAACUUAUGAAAUUCUGAAUGUCCUUGAAUUUACAAGUGACAGAAAACGGAUGUCUGUUGUUGUUCGAACUCCUGAAGGAAAGAUUAAGCUGUAUACAAAAGGAGCUGACACUGUGAUCUACGAGAGACUGCACGAGACACAGCUGUACAAAGACAUCACACUACAGCAUCUCGAGGAGUUCGCUACAACUGGUCUUCGUACUCUGUGUAUUGCUGUGGCGGACAUUUCCGAAGAGUUUUACGAGGAGUGGCGCCACACGUACUACAAGGCCAGCACGUCCAUACAGAACCGAGACAAGAAACUGGAGGAGGCAGCUGAACUCAUCGAACAGAACUUGAAGCUUCUUGGUGCCACAGCAAUCGAAGACAAACUUCAAGAUGGAGUUCCAGAAACGAUAGACACCCUGGCUAAGGCUUCCAUCAAGAUCUGGGUAUUGACUGGUGAUAAGCAAGAAACUGCCAUCAAUAUUGGUUUUUCAUGUAAACUGCUUACACAGAACUUGGACUUGGUUAUCAUUAACGAACACUGUCUUGAUUCAACUCGCGAUGCUUUGAUCAAGAAGAAACAAGAGUUUGGUGAUGCCAUUGGGAAGGAGAAUGAUGUCGGACUCGUUAUUGAUGGCAAGACUUUGAAGUAUGCUUUGUCAUGUGAUUGUCGGCAGGACUUUCUUGAUAUUGCUAUUUCGUGUAAAGCUGUCAUUUGCUGCAGAGUUUCCCCCAUUCAGAAGGCAGAGCUGGUGGAGUUAGUAAAGGUGUCACAGAAAACCAUAACGCUGGCAAUAGGGGACGGUGCUAACGACGUCGGUAUGAUCCAGGCUGCUCAUGUUGGCAUCGGCAUCAGUGGUCUGGAAGGUCUGCAGGCUGCCUGUGCAUCCGACUACGCGAUCGCACAGUUCCGCUUCCUUAAAAAACUUCUCUUGGUGCAUGGGGCGUGGAGUUACAGUCGACUGUGUAAACUCAUUCUGUAUUCCUUCUACAAGAACAUCUGUCUGUACGUUAUUGAGUUUUGGUUUCAAAUAGCCAACGGCUUCUCAGGACAGAUUCUGUUUGAGCGCUGGAGUAUUGGUUUAUAUAAUGUGAUAUUCACUGCUGCACCACCCCUGGCUAUGGGACUUUUUGACCGAUUCUGUACAGCCGAAACCAUGAUGAAAAAUCCAAAUCUUUAUAAAGACUCUCAAAAAGGCAAAUUUUUUAAUGUCAGGGUUUUUUGGUUCUGGAUAGGAAAUUCAAUAUUUCAUUCCAUACUUCUGUUCUGGUUACCUCUGUUGUCAUUGCAGAAUGAUGUUGCUUUUUCUAAUGGCAAAGUGGGUGAUUAUUUAUUCUUAGGAAAUUUUGUUUACACUUAUGUUGUUGUCACUGUGUGUCUCAAAGCUGGUUUGGAAACAAGUGCUUGGACAUUGCUCACACAUCUAGCUAUCUGGGGAAGUAUUCUCUGCUGGUUUCUCUUCCUUAUAAUCUACAGUCACGUUUUCCCCACCAUAGAUCUAGCUCCAGAGAUGUUGGGCAUGGACAUACACGUGUAUGGCUGUUCUCUGUUCUGGCUCGGUCUCAUCAUCAUUCCAAUGGCGUCGCUCUUCAGAGACUUCACAUGGAAAGUGAUUAGGCGAACCUACUUCAAGACGCCACGGCAGUACAUACAAGAGUUAGAACUUUCUAACAAAGACCCUGUUCUACAUGGAACAUCUCCAAAGAGAAGAAGUUACCGACCUAUCAGUGAGCGGGCCCGACUUCUUAGUGCACAGUUUCUGGGUCGAGCAACAGGUCGAAUUCCUUCAGCAACACCUCAACCACCGCCAUCACCGUCACCUUCACAUGGAUAUGCCUUCUCUCAGGAAGAGCAUGGAGUGGUCGGACAGUCUGAAGUGAUCCGAGCAUAUGACACAACAAAGGAAAAACCUGAAGGCUUGUAGCUUACAGGAUAAGGAUAAAGACUUGUAGCUUAUCAUCAAGAAUAUGCUUGGAGGCUUGUAGCUUACAAAGGAUAAUCAUAAAAACUUGUUUAUCCUUGAGGCUUUUAGAUUUGCUUCCUAAGUCUGAAAGCUUGUAGCUUACACAAAGGAUAAGCAUAAAUGUGUGUUGCUUACCAUUGCAGAUAAGCCUCAAGGCUCGUCUCUUCAACACAAGAUCUCAUCCUAAGAUAUAACAUUACAUUUUGUUUAUUUCUGUCAUAUAUGGGUGCUUUUCUUAUUAAUAUUCAUAAAUGAAUGUUGACGCUCGUGCUCAUGUUGUUGGUAUCAAUGGAAUUGGAAUUGUGAGGUGAUAGUUGAUGUAAAUGUUGCGUAAAUUACUGUUUAGAAUUACUCUUUUCUCUCAAAGUUGUUUACAAACAUUCUCAGUGAACUCUUUGUUUGUCCUAUUAAUACGCACGCACUAUUUUCAGUUUGAAGUGUGCUUAAAGUAAUUUGUUUUAUUUUGAAAUAUUUUAUUGAUAAUAAAAUUCACAAAAAGAUUCACUCAACAGGCACAGCCUAUACACGAGCUCUCCUUGAUG